AGUCUGCGCGCUGUGGGCCUGGCCGCCGCUUUUAAUACAGAUGCGCUCCUCCGUGCGCCCCGCGUUCACGGCAGAGCGGGGAGACGAGCAGCACCCAGCACCAUGACGGCACCCAGCAACACCUACGAUGUGAUCGUGAUCGGAGGAGGCAUCUCAGGUUUGAGUGCAGCAAAGUUGUUGAAAGCCAGCGGCCUGAAUCCCGUCGUCUUGGAGGCCAGAGAUCGAGUCGGCGGUCGAACCUUCACUGUUCGGAACAAGGAAACAAAAUGGGUGGAUCUGGGCGGGGCGUACAUUGGACCGACGCAGAAUCGCAUCCUCCGAUUGGCCAAAGAGUACGACGUAAAGACCUACAAAGUCAACGAGCAGGAGAGCCUGGUGCAUUAUGUCAACGGAAAGUCUUACCCGUUCAGCGGCUCCUUCCCUCCCAUGUGGAACCCCAUCGUCGUGAUGGACUUCAACAACCUCUUCAGGACGAUGGAUGAGAUGGGUCAGGAGAUCCCCAAAGAGGCUCCCUGGAGAGCUCCUCACGCUGAGGAGUGGGACAAGAUGAGCAUGCAGCAACUCUUGGAGAAAAUCUGCUGGACCAGUACCGUUCGUCGCUUUGCCACCCUGUUCGUGAACGUGAACGUGACCUCUGAGCCCCACGAGGUUUCAGCCCUGUGGUUCCUCUGGUAUGUUAAACAGUGUGGAGGAACCAUGAGGAUCUUCUCCACCACUAAUGGAGGGCAGGAGAGGAAGUUUGUAGGAGGCUCCAGUCAGAUCAGCGAGUGCAUGGCCAAGGAGCUGGGCGACCGAGUGAAGCUGCAUUCUCCGGUUUAUAGGAUCGACCAGAGCGGAGACGUGGUGGUGGUGGAGACGCUGGACAAGCAGACCUACACCGCCAGGUACGUGAUCGUGGCAACUCCUCCCAGUCUGAACCUGAAGAUGCACUUCAAGCCUGAGCUGCCGCCGCUGAGGAACCAGCUGAUCAACCGCGUCCCCAUGGGCUCCGUCAUCAAGUGCAUGGUCUACUACAAGGAGAACUUCUGGAGGAAAAAGGGUUACUGCGGCACCAUGGUGAUCGAGGAGGAAGGCGCUCCCAUCGGUCUGACGCUGGAUGACACGAAGCCUGACGGGACUGUGCCUUGUAUUAUGGGAUUCAUCCUCGCCCGCAAGUGCAGAAAGCUAACAAGCCUGACCAAAGAAGAGAGGUUGAAGAGGAUCUGUGAGAUCUACUCCAGAGUUCUGGGCUCAGAGGAGGCACUCCAUCCGGUGCACUAUGAGGAGAAGAACUGGUGUGAAGAGGAGUAUUCUGGAGGCUGCUAUACGGCCUAUUUCCCUCCAGGAAUCCUCACUCAGUUCGGCAGAGUGCUGAGGGAGCCGGUCGGCAGGUUGUACUUCGCCGGCACUGAAACAGCCACAGAAUGGAGCGGCUACAUGGAGGGAGCUGUACAAGCUGGAGAAAGAGCCGCCAGAGAGGUCUUGUGUGCGAUGGGUAAAAUCCACCAAUCUCAGAUCUGGCAGACGGAGCCCGAGUCUAAGGACGUCCCGGCGCUGCCCUUCAUCACGUCCUUCUGGGAGAGAAACCUGCCUUCGGUGGGAGGUUUCCUCAGGUUCGUGGGCGUCUCCAGUGUCCUGUCUACCGCCGCCGCCGCCGCCGGCCUGCUGGCCUACAGGAAGGGCCUCCUGCCUCGGAGCUAAAGCCGCCGUCGCCUCGCUCCUCUGCACCUCGGCGGAUUCUGGACUUGUAGCGGCUGCUUCUGAGAAAGACUGUUCGGCUCAUGCAGAAACACUAACACACUGUCACUUUGUGCACAAAAACAAAAGAAAAGAGGGAGCAAGUAGUGGCGGGCUGAUUACAGGUUCAGAGCUGCAGGUCUGGGAGGAGUGACGACGAUAAAUCCACAAUAAAUCUGAGAUUCAGGUUGUGAAACCCAUGAAGGAAAAUAAAAGAUCAGAAUCAGUGGUUUAAAGAGGGAAAUAUAUCUUAUCUGUCACUAUUACUGUUCCAUACGUUGCCAAUGACACACUCUUGAUUCCGUGGGAAUUUACGAACCCGUCGUGCUAAUUGUGUGUCUGCAUCUGUGAGUGUGUGUUGUGUACAGGGAGUGUGUGUGUGUGUGUGUGUGUGUGUGUGUGUGUGUGUGUGUGUGUGUGUGUGUGUGUGUGUGGAUGUGUGUGUGUGUUUCCACUGUGUCUAAUUACCUCUGCUGAUUUUAGGUGCUGAUUUAUUCUGAUAAAAGAGGUUCAGUGACAGAGCUCGAGCCAUCGGCCCUUUUUUUGUCAUUUUCUGUCAACAAAUCCCAUGGAAAUACACAAAAAAAAUGACAUUUUAUUGAAUUUUGCAGCUUGAAUAGGUUGUUGUGGUUCACGUUUUUACACAGGAUGACAUGAAAUCUGUUUGUUUUCAUUAAAUCUCACAUAUAUAGUCUUAUAAAUUCCUACUAAGGUAUCAAAUAUGUGUUAUUUCUGUGGUAAAUGUGCAACUUUCUGGUUAAAUUAAAGGAGGGAGUUGCCCCAUUAAAAAAGCCUGAAUUUGGAAAAUUUUCACCAGAUUUUGAAUGAAUAUGUCAAAAUACUAAUAUUUUAAUGUGCAUACUAUUGUUUCUAAUUUAAAUAAAUGAGGAUAUUGGAGGAAAUUUUAUAAAUUACACAUCAAAAGUACCAUCUAAACAUUUCUGAUGUCACAUGUCUGUUGCUUUUAAGUUAGAUUUUUUUAUUCAUCACUUGAUUAUGGUUAAUGAGCAACAAAUGUCCAUUGUUGGAAUUGCUUUUUUGAUUAAUCAGUUAGUUGUUUGAUCUAUAAAAUGUCAGAAAAAGGAUGAACAAUGUUGAUCAAAGCUCAAGAUGAUGAAUGUUUUUUGUCUAAAACCUCAAAAAUAUUCAGUUUACUGUCAUAGAGAAGGAAAGAAGCUAGAAAAUGUUCACAUUUUUGACCCUGGAAACAGCAAAUUUAAACUUUUUUUGUUUAAAAAUGAUUAAUCGAUUAUUGAAAUAGUUGGCGAUUACUUUAAUAGAUAAUCAAAAAGUCGUAACAGCUCUGCUAUUUAAUCCUAACAGCCAAAGUGACUGCAAAUAUGUGAUUUCACUAAAGUUUCUUUUAAGUGAAUCCCUUAAUUUGUGCCACAUAUCAGCAGAGCUGCAAUGAUUAAUUGAAUAAUCAUUAACUGUUCAAUUAAUCUGCAACUAUUUUGAUAAUCAGUUAACAGAAUUUUAAGGGAAAAAAAGUCUAAAUUCUCUGAUUUCAUCUUCCUAAAUGUGUUUAUUUUCUGGUGUCUUUAGUCCUCUGUGGCAGUAAACCGAAGAUCUUUGAUGACGUCUUCUUGGGAUUUUUCACCAUUUUCUGAUAUUUUAUAGAUCAAACGACAAAUUGAUUAAUGGGGAUUAAAAAAAAAUCAUGUGACAUCUGAAAAUAGUCCAAAAAAAACACUAUUCUCUCCCGUUUGAAUAAAAUUUGCUAUUUAUGACGAAUUGUGAAAGAUUUCUGUGAUCAAGAGGUUAGAAUGUAACGAAAAACUGAUUUUUUAAUUAAUUUUCAUGGGAUUUGCUGACUUUAAUAAAAAGGAAAUUAUACAAGAAAAAAAAGAAUAAUUCCAGCUUUGUUCUAUCAACUAAAACCUGUAUUUCGGGGUGAUGUAACUGUUAUCUGUUGGUAAAUGUUAAACGGAAGCAUUCGAAUGUAUUUUCCUUCACACUAGACAGUAUCUGUUGCUAUAUUAAGAUAAUCUGAUUUUUGAAUCGUUUAUUUUUACAUUUUUACUCAUUCAGAUUAACACAAAUCUGCAGAAUAAAUGUUUUAAAACCCCCAAACUGACAUCAUAGGGAAAGUUUUAGAGAAAAUCCAGAUUGCAGCAACACAUAAUCAGUGUAGGAGCUGAUGUUUUGCAGGAAAAGUUGCGUCUUCACAAUAGAGAAAUAGCAGCUGAUUCCACAUUAAAAGCAUUUCUACAGCAGCUUGCGAUGAGCUGCAGAUGUUGGCAGAUGUUUUCUAAGUUUUGGAGGCGGAUGUGCAGGAAGUCAUGUUGUUCUCGUCCCAAAGACUGGCGUUUGUGAGUGUAGUUUAUCUGUCGUGCCUUAAUGGAAGUCUCCGUGUUUGUUUUUGAGAUUUUUUGUCAUUUCUCUCAAGUGCCUGUGUGACUCUGACACUCUGAACGUCGCCUCUCUUCCCUCCCGCCAGGCGAGAGGGCAGAGAGGCAUCAUGGGUAGCCGUUAUUUAGACAACGCCUGGUCCCCGUCGGUGUUUGGUUUCCACGUUUCCCUGAGUUCCGUCCUCGCUGUAAAGUGGACUCAGGUGAAGCCGGGUGUGUAGACGCAGUGUCGGCUGUGAACAAUGGAGCUCAGACUGUUUAUCUCCAGUGAAGUGUGUGUGUGUGUGUGUGUGUGUGUGUGUGUGUGUGUGUGUGUGUGUGUGUGUGUGUUGUGUCGUGGUUGCAGUGCUUCACUUUGUGUCCGCCCUUGUCGUGGUGCCCUGCUGGCCUUUGACCCUCCAUCCCGGUUUUAUCUUCCUCCAGCUCCGAUUGGACGAAGACGUCGCCCAUGUUUUCAGUGUUCUGGUUUACGGCUGGCUGAUGUCGGUGAACAAACAAAGCCAGCGCCAUCUGUCCGUCCUUUAAUAAACCACACACCAUCAGCAGACAUUCGGUUAUUCGUUAUGUGAUCAGAGUUUCUUCUGGACUCCGUCCCUCCUGUUCUUCAUAUGAGCCUCCUUAACUCUUCCUGUGAGCAGUUAUUUGAUGUCUUUGAUUCCUCAAACUAAGCUGGUAAUAUUUAACAGAAAACAAUGUGAAAUAAAUCUUUUACUCGUCUUAAAA